AUGACAUUUGGUUCCUUUGAAUUGGAUGUCGUCACACAUGACAGAGAGAGAGAGUGUGUGAGAGAGUGUGUUACUGCAGUGAGGGAAAAGAACAAAAGAAUCGAAAACAGAGAGAGAGAGAGAACAAAAGAAAUGACGAUAACAAAAGAAAAGAACAAAAGAAAUAAAAAUCUCUUCUCUCUCUCUCUCUCUCUCUCUCUCUCUCUCUCUUGCGCUGGACCUUCUCGCAUGUCCGGAUCCCGUGCUAGCAAUCUUGAUACCCUCCAGCAAUUUUCCGAUGACGAAGAAGACACACCGCUGCUGCUGAAGAGCUCUGGAUCAGCCGACAGUCGCCGCCCUUUCACCUACCAGCCCAUUCGCGAUGCCUCUGCUGCCAAGGACCCCAACAACAGCAACUCCCAUGCCUAUCAACGCUACCGUUACUACAACAAGCUAGCGCCUGCCAAUCAGCCAAAUAGCUUGAUUAUGCCCCACCACGCCCUGCCGUCGUCCGUCUUCGUUUUGGGCAAGGGUGGCGAGCAGAGCUCUGUGGUGACCAUCCUUUCCAUGUGGAACACCAUGAUGGGCUCCUCCGUGCUGACCAUGCCCUGGGCCAUCGAUCAGGCUGGCUUUGGUCUUGGCAUCUUCGCCAUGAUUCUCAUGGCCACCGUGUCCUACUACACCUGUACCAUCGUCCUCUCUGCAGGCCAGGGCGGUCGCAUCAACGGCGAGGAUGUCGAGUUUGCCGAGGUCGUGCUGCGCUUCCUGGGCAAGCGCUACUACGUGGUGGCCGUUAUUUUCAGCGUUCUGACCAUCGUGGGCGCUGCCAUUGCCUAUUGGGUGCUCAUGUCGGGCUUUCUGUACACCGUGGUCGACUACUUCCAUGACCCCAGUGGUUCCAUCCCAGCCAACUCAACCCAUCCCAGUAAUCACACUGCCGUCUUGGCGGACGCUCUCCUUGGCGCUAGCGAUGGAACCGACUCCACCUGGGGUCACUACUGGUCGCGCGAGCUCGUUCCCAUCUACCUCAUUGCCAUCCUAUUUCCCCUUAUCAACUUUAAGAGUCUGACCUUCUUUACCAAGUUUAACUCCCUGGGUGUUGUGUCCAUCAUCUACAUCCUAUUCUUCGUUUUGUUCACCUUUUUCGAUGGCGAGCACUAUCAAAACAGCCCCGCGGGUGGCGUCCACUUUCACAACGUGGAAGAAUGGCGCUCAGGCGUAAUGGCUCUCUGCGGCGUCUCUUCCCUGGCGUUUUUCAUCCACAACGGCUGCUUGUCCAUUAUGCGUAAUGCAGCCGAACCAAAGCACAAUCAGCGUGAUCUUUUGCUCGCCUACAUCCUUGUGUGCUUGACCUACCUCCUCGUUGGUGUACUGUACUACAUCUCCUACGCGGGUAACAAGGACGGCAUCAACAACAACUUCUUGCAAGACUUUCACAAGACGGACAAGAAUUUCAUUUUCUCCUUGAUUGCACAGCUUUGUCUACUUUUGCAAAUGAUUACAGUAUUUCCACUGCUCAUUUUCAUCGUCCGCUUUCAAGUCAUGUCCACCUUCUUCAAUGGCAACGUUUGGCCCAGCUUUGGUCACGUGCUGGGCUUGAACGUCAUGAUUACCACCGUCUGUGUGCUGGUGGCCAUCUUCUAUCCUCAUAUCGGCGAUAUCCUGCGCUACACGGGCGCCAUCUGCGGUUGUGUGUACAUCUUUGCGCUGCCCUGCCUGGUGCAAAUGGAAAUUUUACGCCGCCAAAAUAAACUGACCGUGAGCAAACGGGUGAUUCAUUAUCUCCUCAUGCUUUUGGGUGUGGGCAUUCUGGUCGGACAGUUCACGCCGUGAACGGGUCUUGCCUGACUAGCAUCCCUGACACACCACAGGGUCCCGUUCGAGCAUAUGAUUGUGUAUUUUCGUCUGCGUGGGCUUGUUUGGGUGGUGCUCUUUUUUGUGUUCUGUUUUCUGUCGGUGCAUGACGUGCGCGACUGGGAGAGGCCAGAGAUCGCUUGUUCGAUUCUCAAGCGGUCAGCGAAUUUUAGCCAUUUAUCCACG